AUGGCUCCUAUUGUUACUGUUACUGUCAUCGUUGUUGCAAUUGUUAUUGCUGUGGUUGUUGCUGUUACCGUUAUUGUUAUAGUUAUUAUUGGUACUAUUAUUGUUGUGGUUGUGGUGGUUGUUGUUGUUGUUGUUGUUGUUGUUGUUGUU